UGUUAAUUGGAUGCUGAUUACCGGAUACGCAUUCUUCCAUGGAUGCCUUCUCUUUCACAGCGCCUCUUAAAAUCCCAUAAAUGAAAAAUCUAGUACCCCCAUGCCUUAAUUAUUUUCCCUUUUCAUUUCUCUCUCUCGCUCUAGAAUCCAGAACAACCCCUGUUGAACUUGAAUAGCUCUGACGUUUUUUCUUUUGAUUUCUCACAAUCUGUUUCCAAUCCCCUUUUGGUUUUUUUCUUUUGGUGUCUGGGUUCUUUAUGUUUCCCGGAAUCUUUCUGUUUCUCUGGGAUGCUUGUAAUCUGAAAACAACAGAAAGGAAGAUCUCGUUUUCCCAUCCAGCGGUGAUUCCGGGGCGGGUGUUUGGGCUGGAUUUAACUUAAAGCUUUGUGGAGAGAAGGCUGAAUUGGUGCGAGUGUGUGUUUCCGUUUUCUUGCUCAAUUAACAAAGUGGAGUGAGUCGGUGUUGAGUUUCCUUUACGGUUAGUUAAAAGCAGAGGGAACCCAUCACUUUUAGUUGCGCCCCGAAUUGAACCAUCGGAUUCGGGUUUCGUUUUGACAGCAUUGACAACGAAGACUCUCCCAGGGGGGACGGAGACAGAGUACGGGGAGGAGGAAAAUAAGAAAAGCAGAUUCUAAUUUUCCGUGAAAUUUGCUGUUUCCAAAUUCUAAUUUUAGGAAUUUUCCUACACGUUUUUUAGUUUAUCUCAUGUCUCACUCCUAUUUUUCCAUUUCCCCAAUCUGAAAAAUUAAAUUCUAAGGGAAAAGAAAAAGAAAAGAAGCUCCGAUAAUCUCUCUCCCUCUUCCAUUUCUGUCUCUAGUCUUUCUCGGAGCUCUGUUUUUCGGUCAGCUUUCCGGGAAUCCUCUGCUUUUCAGGGUUGGGGGGAAGACUCUGUAAAUUUUGUCUCUCUCCCUCCUCUCCGGAAUCAUGAUUCUUGGCAAAGGGUCAAUGCAAUCCAAUUUGGGUUGCUUCCUCCAUUGCACGACGCCGGUUGUCAAUUCCCAAUUCUUACCCAAGAGUGAGAUUAGGAAUCUGAAUCGUCUGUGGCAUCCAUGGGAGAGAGAGAAGGUCGAAUAUUUCACCCUUGGCGAUCUCUGGAGUUGUUACGACGAAUGGAGCGCAUACGGUGCCGGCGUUCCGAUCGCCGUCAACCACGGCGAGACCCUUGUCCAAUAUUACGUUCCGUAUCUCUCUGCAAUCCAAAUCUUCACCAGCAAUUCCACCGUCAACAGUUUCAGGGAAGAGUGCGGUGACAGUGAAACGAGGGAUUCGUUCAGUGAUUCGUGCAGCGAUGAGAGUGAAAGCGAGAAAUUAUGGAGAUGGGACGGAAGCUCAUCAGAGGAGGGAGGAUUGGAGCAAGACAGCCCUCUGCAUCUGAGUGACAGAUUGGGGUACCUUUACUUUCAGUAUUUCGAGAGAUCAACUCCCUACGGAAGAGUUCCACUAAUGGAUAAGAUCAAUGGAUUGGCUCGAAGAUACCCUGGCCUGAUGACACUGAGAAGCGUCGAUCUUUCUCCUGCUAGUUGGAUGGCUGUUGCCUGGUACCCAAUUUACCACAUUCCAAUGGGAAGAACGAUAAAAGACUUGUCAACAUGCUUCCUGAGUUACCACACUCUGUCAUCUUCAUUUCAAGAUAUGGACGUAGAGGACGAGUUUGAGAGUAGUGGAGAGAGGAAGAGAAAAGAAGGAGAAGGCAUAUCGCUGGCGGCAUUUGGGUUGGCCACAUACAAGAUGCAAGGAAACGUGUGGAUUUCUGGUAAUUAUGGGCGGGACCAGGAGAGGGUUGUGUCCCUUUUGAGCGUGGCAGAUUCAUGGCUAAAGCAGCUCAGGGUCCAGCACCACGACUUCAACUACUUCACAGGCAUCCGUCGUGGCUGAUCUGAUCAACAUAUACACAAUAACUUCUCCAACAAAACCAAACCAAACCAAACCCAUUUUUAACCCACUCCCAAUCCCCAUGGAUUCACAUUGAAAAAUUGACCUCCAAAAAAUCCUCCUUUCGGUUGCUUUUCUGCUUUUCUGCACUUACCAUGGAGAAACUUUCUUUUCCUUUCUUUUCCUUUCCUUUUUUCUUCUACUUAUAUGGUUUCUUUCAGAGUGUGAGCGAGGAUUUUAACUUCUUCUCAGCUUCAGACUCGGGCAGCUGCAUCCAUAACGCCAUGGCCUGGUUUUCAUGUACUUGUAAUUUUUGCGCUUGGUGGUGGGGUGGCUUGUGCAUACACUUACUGACGACUCAUCAGGUUUCAAAAGGGAGAGAGAAAACAAAAAGAGAGAGAGAGAGAGAGAGAGAGCCGAAUUGUUAAUUGUUGUGUUUAUUUUCCGAUGGACCAAAUUUUAGAGUCUCCCUUAAUGAUGAAAAUGGCCUGCGGGUGCGGGCUAUGAUUACUCGACCCAUCUUUAUUGUGCAUUUUGUUUGGCCACCGGGAAGGAAACUUCUCGGAUCAUAAAUAAAUAUAUAUACGUGUAACAUUUUUAUGCCGCCAAAUGCCAAGUGAUGUGAUCUUGGUUGAGACUUCAAA